UUUGCUAGUUUCCAACGGGUGCAAACGAUGAUUUAUGCCAUUGAAGAAAUAAACCUGAAUGAGAAUAUCCUCCCUGGGAUCACACUCGGGUAUCAGAUUCAUGAUGAUUGCUCAUCUUCCGAGAUCGCCUCGAAGGCAGCACUCGCCUUGAUCAAUGGAGAAGAAGAAUCCUUUAAAUACCCUCAAUGUAGAGGUUCUUCCAAAGUCGCUGCCAUUGUUGGCUGUGAAAUAUCUACAAAUUCCAUCGCAACCGCCAGGACAAUCGGCUCCUUCGGGAUUCCGAUGGUUAGUUACUACUCCACAUGCUCCUGUCUCGGCGAUAAGACAGAAUAUCCAACUUUUUUUAGAACUAUUCCUAGUGACCAGUACCAGUCCAAACUCAUCGCAGAACUGGUAAGAACCUUUGGAUGGACUUGGAUUGGAACCAUUAGAAGUAACACCGAUUAUGGUAAUUUCGGAAUGCAGGGAUUUGUGGAGCACGUAGAAAAAUUUGGGGUCUGUAUUGCCUACUCCGAAUCAUUUUACAGGACUGACCCUCCAGAGAAAAUCAGCAAAAUUGUCCAGAUGAUUAGACAGACGUCCACUAAAGUGGUGGUAGCCUUUGUUAACGUUGGUGAUAUGCGAAUUUUAUUGAAUGAAAUUGUGCGUCAAAAUGUCACCGGUGUACAAUGGAUUGGGAGUGAGGCGUGGGUGACAGCAGAUCUUCUCCUCCCAGAAGAAAGAGUAACUUAUCUAGCAGGGACAAUCGGUCUAACCAUCCGAAGGACAGAGAUAGAUGAUCUCAGAGAUUAUCUUCAGAACGUCCACCCUUCGAAAUUUCCUGGCAAUAUUUUGGUAACUGAGUUUUGGGAAACUUUAUUCAAAUGCUCUUUUAUCACAGACAACGGGACAAGCCCGGGAAACUCUACAGCUCAAGUUUCGCAAUGCACAGGGGAGGAACAGAUCGCAGGGAUAGAAAAUGCCUACCUUCCCGCAAUAAUGGACGGGAGUUCAUACAACGUGUAUAAAGCAGUCUACUCCAUCGCUCACGCACUACACAAUCUACUAACAUGUGUGGAAGGCGAAGGUCCCUUUGUGAAUAACACAUGCGCGAAUAUAUCACAUUUCGAGCCGUGGCAGUUACUGCACUACCUUCGCAAAGUUAAUUUCACGGCGAAGACGGGAGAAUCCGUAUAUUUUGAUGAAAAUGGAGACCCAGUGCCAAGAUACGAAUUUGUGAACUUACAAAGGACUUUCAGGGGAAACAUAGACAUUGUAUAUGUCGGAUAUUAUGACGGAUCGGCUCCGCCAGGGCACAAAAUAAUGAUUAAUAUCGGGAAUAUCACGUGGAGCACGACCGGAAAUACGAUUCCACGAGCAAUUUGCUCAGAGCCCUGCCUUCCUGGAUCAAGAAAGGUCAGCCGGAAAGGGCAGCCAAUAUGUUGCUUUGACUGUGCAGAGUGCGCCCAGGGUGAGAUCAGCAACACCACUGAUUCCGCGGAUUGCAUCAAGUGCCCGUUGGAAUACUGGUCCAAUCAGGAAAAAAUCCAAUGUGUUCCCAAGAAAGUUGAGUUUCUUUCCUUUGGAGAAGUUCUGGGCUUUGCAUUGCUGACGCUUGCUCUAUUGGGAGCGUUGUUUACAUUAACCACGGCUGUGAUUUUCUACCGACACCGAGAAACACCCAUAGUCAAAGCGAACAACUCCGAACUCAGCUUCCUGCUUCUCUUCGCCCUCCUGCUUUGCUUCAUUUGCUCGCUCACCUUCAUUGGACAUCCGUCGGGCUGGUCUUGCAUGUUGCGCCGCACAGCUUUCGGAGUUGUGUUCGUUCUCUGCAUUUCCUGCAUUCUGGGCAAAACCAUCCUUGUCGUGGUUGCCUUUAAAGCAACUCUUCCCAACAGAAACGUGAUGAACUGGUUCGGACCCGGGCAGCAACGCUUGGGUGUAUUUGUCCUUACCAUUUUACAAGCUUCAGUUUGCGUUGUCUGGCUUAUUCUGUCACCUCCUUACCCUGUGAAAAACAUGAACUAUUACAGAGACAUCAUCAUUCUGGAAUGCCACGUUGGCUCAUUGAUCGCCUUUUACAUAGUCUCUGCCUAUAUUGCUCUGUUAUCGAUUGUCUGUUUAGUGCUUGCAUUCCUUGCCCGGAAACUCCCGGACAGUUUUAAUGAUGCCAAGUACAUCACCUUCAGCAUGCUGAUCUUUUGCGCUGUUUGGAUAACUUUUAUUCCUGCUUAUGUGAGCUCUCCAGGAAAGUACACCGUGGCUGUCGAAGUGUUCGCUAUCUGGGCAUCGAGCUUCGGUCUACUCGUCUGUAUUUUUGCACCGAAAUGUUACGUUAUCUUACUGAAACCUGAUAAAAAUACAAAGAAACAUAUGAUGUCGAAAGAAAGAUCACUGUAA